UGAAAAGUACAAUUCAAGAUGAUUUAUUUUCUCUCACCCGGGAAGUGCAAUAGUUCAUUUGGACUGAUGGAAGAAAAGAGAGAGUGAAGGGAAGUAAACUCCAUCUCCAGGAACUUUUCUCUGAUCAAAUCGUUUUUCAUCUUCGCAAAAGUGCUUGGGUUUUGCAGAUUCGUGCGAUGAGCUUUGCGCGUACAUCAAUCUUUAUCUCUUCUCAAUCGGCUCAUCCAGUGUAAAUGCACACAGAUUAUCCGAUUCGGAAAUCUUCCCAAUGGGUAUUGUAGACUCUCUUGGAAGGACAUGAUGGGAAUGAAUCACAAUUUUUAAACACAGGUUCUUACAAGGAAGUCUACAAUACCCAAGAGCAGAUCAUUGAUCAAAUGGACAAUGAAGCUUCGACAAUUACAUUCCCUCCCAAAACCUCUUCACCAACUACUUUACCUUCCACUUAAGCUCUUCAUUCCGUCCCCCCAUUUUAUCUACUUUAAACGUAUCCAAACCUUUGCUAAGUUUGGUGGAGACCAAAAUGCCACUGCUAGUUUAAGCUUCAAUGAAGGUAGCUACUUCGCACCCACCUCCAUUUCCUAUUCAAAGCUAUUAUCUCUUUGCUGCCAAACCAAGUCUCUUAGUCCUGGGCUACAAAUCCAUGCCCACUUAACCAAAACCGGGUUAUAUGAAGACACGAAGCUCCAGAACCAUCUGAUUAAUCUGUACUCAAAGUGUCGAGCUUUUGGUUAUGCUCGUAAACUGAUCGAUGAAAGUCCACAACUAGAUUUGAUUUCUUGGUCUGCUUUGAUAUCUGGGUAUGCUCAGAAUGGGCUUGCUGAUGAAGCCCUUUUGGCUUUCCAUGAAAUGCACUUGUUGGGUGUCAAGAGUAAUGAAUUUACUUUCCCGAGUGUACUUAAGGCAUGCUCAAUUACAAGAGAUUUGAUUCAAGGGAAGCAAAUUCAUGGGAUUGUGGUUGUUACUGGGUUUGAGUCAGAUGUUUUCGUUGCAAAUACUUUGGUUGUUAUGUAUGCUAAAUGUGGUGAGUUUGUGGAUUCGAGGAGGUUGUUUGAUGAGAUUCCAGAAAGGAAUGUAGUUUCUUGGAAUGCGUUGUUUUCUUGUUAUGUGCAGAGUGAUUUUUUUGCAGAAGCACUGGGGUUGUUUCAAGAAAUGGUGUUAACUGGAAUAAACCCGGAUGAGUAUAGUUUGUCUAGUAUAUUGAAUGCCUGCACGGGGCUGGGGGAUGUCAAUCAAGGGAAAAGAAUUCAUGGACAUUUAAUAAAGCUUGGGUAUGAUUCUGAUCCAUUCUCAGCAAAUGCACUUGUUGACAUGUAUGCAAAAGGUGGAUGUAUUGAUGAUGCAACAGUAGUUUUUGAGGAAAUUGCAGAACCUGAUAUUGUUUCUUGGAAUGCUAUUAUUGCUGGUUGUGUUCUUCAUGAAUAUCUCGAAUGGGCUUUGGAGUUGCUGAGGCAGAUGAAGAGGUCAGGAGCCAGCCCAAAUAUGUUCACCUUGUCAAGCGCUCUUAAAGCCUGUGCUGGAUUGGGACUCCAAAAGUUGGGCAGAGAGUUACACUCUGUAUUGGUGAAGAUGGAUGUAAAAUUGGAUCCAUUUGUGAGUGUUGGCCUUAUUGACAUGUAUUGCAAGUGUGAUUUAAUGAAGGAUGCAAGGGCAGUUUAUAAUUUUAUGCCAGAGAAGGACUUGAUUGCAUUGAAUGCUAUGAUCUCUGGACACUUGCAUAAUGGGGACGAUGUAGAGGCUUUUUCCCUUUUUACUGAGAUGUACAAGGAUGGAAUAGGAUUCAACCAAACAACUUUGCUUACAAUACUCAACUCCACGGCUGGCUUGCAAGUUGUCAAUGUUUGUGGACAAGUUCAUGCACUUUCUGUAAAAUCAGGACAUCAAUCUGACAUUUAUGUUGUAAACAGCCUCAUUGAUUCAUAUGGAAAAUGUGGCAAGGUUGAAUACGCGGCAAAAGUUUUUGAAGAAUGCCCAUUUGGAGAUUUGGCAUCUUUUACUUCUAUGAUUACAACUUAUGCUCAAUAUGGACAAGGAGAAGAAGCACUGAAGCUUUACUUAAAGAUGCAAGAUAUGGAACUCAAGCCAGAUCCAUUUGUCUGUAGUUCUCUCCUAAAUGCUUGUGCAAAUCUAUCUGCUUAUGAACAGGGGAAACAAAUGCACGUUCACAUCUUGAAAUUCGGAUUCAUGUCAGAUGUUUUUGCAGGGAAUUCUCUUGUCAACAUGUAUGCCAAAUGUGGAAGUGUAGAUGAUGCUGGUCGUGCUUUCUCAGAGAUAGCUGAGAGAGGUAUUGUCUCAUGGUCUGCCAUGAUUGGUGGACUUGCUCAACAUGGGCAUGGAAAAGAAGCCCUCAAUUUAUUCAACGAGAUGCUUAAAGAUGGCAUAUGCCCCAAUUAUGUAACUUUGGUUAGUGUACUUUGUGCGUGCAAUCAUGCUGGAUUGGUAGCUGAAGCAAAACGAUACUUCGAAUCAAUGAAAGAGUUAUUUGGGAUUCAGCCCACACAAGAGCAUUAUGCUUGUAUGAUUGAUCUCCUUGGCCGAGCUGGGAAACUGGAAGAAGCAAUGGAUCUUGUAAGUAAGAUGCCAUUCGAAGCCAAUGCCUCUGUUUGGGGGGGCCUUCUAGGUGCAGCAAGAAUUCACAAGAAUAUUGAGCUUGGCCAACGGGCGGCUGAGAUGCUUUUCACUCUUGAACCAGAGAAAUCUGGUACCCAUGUUCUUCUUGCAAACAUUUAUGCCUCGGCUGGCAUGUGGGAAAACGUGGCGAAGGUGAGAAGACUGAUGAAAGAAAGCAAUGUGAAGAAGGAACCUGGGAUAAGUUGGAUUGAGGUGAAAGACAAAAUAUACACAUUUAUAGUCGGAGAUAGAAACCAUUCUAGAAGUGCAGAGAUAUACGCAAAGCUUGAUGAGUUGAGGGACUUGAUGAAUAAAGCUGGGUAUGUCCCUAUGGUGGAGAUUGACCUCCACGAUGUCAAGCGAAGCGAGAAAGAGCUUCUUCUUUCCUUCCACAGUGAGAAACUUGCAGUGGCUUUUGGGCUGAUUGCCACUCCGCCAGGAGCUCCCAUUAGGGUGAAGAAGAACCUUCGAGUCUGUGUGGAUUGCCAUACUGCAUUCAAGUACAUUUGUAAAAUUGUUUCUAGGGAGAUUAUUAUUAGAGACAUCAAUCGGUUCCACCAUUUCAGAGAUGGGUUGUGUUCUUGUGGGGAUUACUGGUAGUAUUAGUUGAUGAUUAGUGCUAUUUUUCUUGAGGAAUUGCUAGUUCUUUUUGUGACAUACAAAGGAAUGAUUUUUACACCCUCACAAUUCUUUGUAGGCUGAAUUUUGUAUUUUAUUUUGAUGUAUCGAUUAAGGAAAUGAAAAAAUUCAAAAUUAAAUGACACUGUUUUACUUUUUUUCCGCA